AUGGCGACCAAACCCACAUCCACUUCAAGAUGGAAUUUCCUGCAACAGGCUGUGGCGUCCGUCGAAUCACGACUAGAUGAUAUCCUGGCCGAGGGUGGUGAACCCCCAAAGCGAAGUGUCUCGCCUGCGCAACCAGGUCGAGACUUAGCACCUCCAAACCGAAUCUCUUCAGAACUCUCGAGAUCCAAUAGCAAUGCCUCCACUUCCAAUGAUCGAUUGCAGGAACGCCUUGCCAGGGCGAUGGCCAAAAAGAACACUGGUCGAAGCGAAUCACCAGUCGCUUCAGCCACGGCUCUAGCUGAACAAUCGCCACAAGAAUCUCCAAACUCUGCAGGAAAUCAAACAGAUCAAGGCCUCCGAGCAGACACGAGCUCUGCGAAAACAGAUUUGGGUUCCGAGAAAGGAGAUGUUGUCGGAUUGCCUGCUGGGAAUAAAGUGGAUGCAGAAGUGUCCCAUCCGCCGGAUGAAUCGCCCUAUUCACAGUCACAGAUCCCGAAAAUCGAUAUUAGUAUGCAGGAUGAGGAAGGACCUACGAGAGCGUCCACCGAGAUCACAAGUGUGAACGAGGUGCUGCCGGGUCGGGUGACCCCAGAAUCCUCGCGGAUAAGUGAAGAAGACGUGCCAGCAGUUGGCACACCAGGAGUACAGGAGGAUGUAAGCAUGUAUAUUGAAAAGAUCGAUGCACUCCAGGCAAAGCUCAAGUAUCUAAGCAGUGAAGCUGCCCAAUCCUUGAAACAAGCAGCCGCCUCUGUCCAACCUGGAAGUCUGGAGAAGAAGCUUUUAGAACAGGAGGGCAAGAUUGCCUUGUUGAUUGAAGAAGGCAACAAUUUAUCCAAGACCGAGAUGAAGCACGUUACUACUAUCAAGAAGAUGCGCGCUCAGCUCAUUACCACCAACAGGGAGCAAGAAGCUGCCAAGCUUCGCGCAGAUAAGGCUGAGCGUUCGCUCAAAGACAUGGAAGAUCGAGCUAGAAAAGCCGAGGCCGCAAGCAGACGUGCAGAACAGAGUCUUGCGGUAAAAGCUUCGGAGGCCGGUGAGCUCGAUGCGGUCCGCAAAGAGCGAGAUGCCCUGCAGUCAACUCUGGCUGAGAUGAAAUCACAAAUCUCAAAGGCCAAUGCAAGAGCUGAAGCAGCCGAAAGCCAGGCAAAAGCAGAUCAAGUGGCAAGAGAGCAGAAACGUAUCACAGAGUUACAAGACGAUCUGAUGAGUGCAAAGGUAGAGAGAGAAAUUUCGGAGGAGAAGUUGCGACGGGAAAUCAAGGACCUUCAAGCCACAUUGAGCAGAGAAAGGGAGCAGACCAAGGCGCUCGAAAGUGAAAUGCUUAAUGAACAAGCAGCACUUGAAAGCAAGCUUGAGUCGUUUCGCGUCAGAGCCGAGGAAGCUUCUUCGACCGACCUGGGUCAUGUGCAAGCAAAAUUGCUCCGGCAAAUUGAGACAUUGCAGAGUCAAUAUGCAACAGCAAGUCAAAAUUGGCAAGGGAUUGAGAGUACUCUUCUAGGGAGGAUCACCAAUCUCGAAAAAGAACGUGACGAGAUCGCGGCUCGGGAAGCAGACCUCCGCAAAAAGCUGCGCGAAACUACGCUCAAGGCAAAGAGUAAAGAAUCCCAGUUGAACGAGGUUCAAAAUAUGCUGGCCGAAAAAGACAAAUCACUGGUGGAUGUCGAAGAGGAAUCCCAACGUUUGAGCCGAAGAGUCGCCCAGCUCGAAGCUGACCUUGCCGAUGCCACAAGGGAAUUCGAGGAAUACAAAGUGGCAUCAGAGAAGGAACUGCAGCGCAAGCUCUUGGAAGAAAAGGCUAAACGGACCGCAACCUUACCACUUCAACGGACAGAUUCUCCCGGCACUUCUAUCCGCAAGGGUGCUGGUCUAGGCCUCGAUAUCAAUCAAUUCGAAAGGCCAACCAGCAGAAAGUCCUUCAUGAUGCAAUCCUUUGAGUGGAGCAGCCCAUCGCGGCAGAACUCGGCCUCUUCUUUCCGCAACAUGACAAACGGUUCCAUUGCUGAGACGCCAUCGAUAGUGACCUCCAAUGAUCCAGACGACUUUUUUGCCAAUGUGCCACCUACGCCACUUUCCACCAGCCAUCGUGGCGUCAAUGAACUUAUCUCGACGUCCACUGUUGGAGCCGGGCCUUCUGUGCAGCUUGUGGAACGGAUGUCCGCAAACGUCCGUCGGCUCGAGAGUGAGAAAGCCGCCACCAAGGACGAGCUAGCAAGACUGACAACACAGCGCGACGAGGCCAGACAGGAGGUUGUCAGCUUGAUGCGCGAGGUUGAGGAGAAACGAACGAUUGAGAAUCGUAUAAAGACACUUGAAGGAGAGUACGAGAGCCUAAGCAAGCGGCAUCAGACGACUCUCGAACUUCUCGGUGAGAAGAGUGAGCAGGUGGAAGAGCUCAAGGCAGAUAUUGUCGAUGUGAAGCAGAUGUACCGGCAGCUGGCUGAUACCAUGGGCAAAUCAUGA